UAAAGGCUGCUGCGCGUGCGUAAUGGGGUGGCCGUUGCGGGUCACGUGGCCGCGCCAAGAUGGCGGCGCCCAGCUCGACCUUCCGGCUGCUGGCGCGGUGGGGCUGCUGGGUCCCGGGCCGGGCGUGGUGUCGCGGCUACGGUGGGCGGGCUUCCGCCACUGGCGAGCUGGUGACACACACGGGGCAGGUAUAUGAUGAAACAGACUACAGAAAAACUCGUUUCGUGACACGGCAGAAGGAGGUGAAUACAAGCUUUGCCAUCGAUAUGAUAGCAGAGCAACCUGUGAAUGAAGUUGAAAGCAGAGUGAUAUCAUGCGAUGGUGGUGGAGGAGCUUUGGGACAUCCUAAAGUAUAUAUAAACUUGGAUAAAGAAACGAAAACUGGGACAUGUGGCUACUGCGGACUUCAGUUUAAACAGAAACAUCAUCACUGAUAGAUAUUUGUGCAUGCCCUGAAGAACUCUGGAUUUCAACGUUAUCAUAAUAAUAACAAUAAUAAUAAAAAAUUAAAGCUAAAA